AUGCUCCGCACAGCAGUUAUCUUUUGCAUUUUGGCAUCUGCCUUAUGUGACUACGACAAAAAACUCUCGUACGGCAUCGGACCUUUGUCAAGAAGAGGGUUUGGAGGAGGAAAUCUUGGAUUCGGAGAUUUUGGCAUUGGUGGGGGAAAUCUUGGAUUCGACGGUUUUAGCGGAGGUAAUCUCGGAUUUGGCAAUGUUGGUGGACUCCAAAUAGGAGCACCUUCGUUUGGUGGAGUCAACUUUGGUGGAUUUGGAGGUCAAAGUUUCAGAUCCUUCUUCUCUAGUCCCGGAAGUGCUGCCGCAUCAAGUGCUGCUGCUUCCGAUGGCCCGUUUGGUGGAUCUGCAGCAUCUUCCUCCGCAGCUUCUAGCGGAUUAGGAGGUUCCCAAUUCUUUGGUGGUAACUUUGGCAAUGCUGGAUUUCAAAGCUUCAGGUUCUUCGGUCCCGGUGGUAGCGUAGCUACUGGUAGUGCUGCCGCCAGUGACGAUGGGUCGGCUGCUGCUUCGUCUGCUGCAGCUGGUAAUGGAGCUGCCGCAGCCUCAGCAGCUGCAGCAUCUCCAUCACUCGGAUUCCCUGGCCUAACGUCAUUCCCAGGCAGUUACUACUCUUAUCCUGGAAGUUUCUACUCAUAUCCCGGAAGUUUGUCUUCCUAUCCAGGAAGUUUUUACUCCUAUCCCGGAAGUUUCUCCUCUUAUCCCGGAAAUAUCUACUCCUAUCCCGGAAGCGUAUACUCAUAUCCCUCAAGUUUCUAUUCCUAUCCCGGAAGUUUUUACUCAUAUCCCGGAAGUUUUUACUCAAAUCCCAGUCAAUACUAUUAUCCAGGAAGUUUAAACACUUUUCCUGGUAGUGUGUACUCCUCCCCAAAUGUUGAUUACUUUGGGUACUUUGGCCGUCCUGUCCGAAAAUCAAAGGUAAGACAAAUGAAGUAA